AUGCCGUGUCGCACUUCCACUGAGCCUCUCUCCGGCACGAGCCAAGACGAACAAAUCCACCUCCUCGUCCUGCUCAAGACCAAGCUACAAGGCAUACCAUCCUUGCAUAUUCCCUCUCUCACACUGCCUGAUAUCCUUUGUUCAACAACCCGAGCGUCGCACAUCCCUAACAUACCGCCUGACAUUCAACUUCCCUUCUUCCUCCGCAACCGACAUGUUAUCGAUCAAUAUCAUGGGAAGCCUGUAAAGGAUGAGGCAAGGCAGAGCACAGACAUAACCCGGGCCAUCUGGUUUUGGAGACUGGAUGAAGCACGACAGUUUGAGCGCUUCCAUGAUACCAUGAGGUGGAAUACUGCCAUGUUCAUUGCACUACUCACCCUUCAUGAUUUCCAGACCCGCUCCAACCAUCCCAAGGGCAUGCAGAUGACGAUCGGCAUUAACGCUGCAGCUUGCCGCUUCAUCAAACAGUAUCUUGCUGCUGUCCUAGAGCAUCACAAUACACCUCUGCUUUUCGAUGCCCGUGAGACCUUCAUCAAGACCUGGAAGAACGGUACCUGGGACCUGUACACUGGCUUUCGUGCCUCACAGAAGAAGUUGUUGAAGAACCUCAUGAAAAAACUGACCAAGGAUUGGGAAAAAGAACUCGAUAGUGCAGAGAGUAACAUGGGAAAGGAAGAGUAUCGCAUCAGAGUAGCUCAGUUCGCGGGCAGUUUGGUCCCGAGGAGAAGGGAACAGGAUAUCUCUACUGGCACACUACCAGGGCAAGAAAAGAGUAAGUAUGUGUACAGGGUCAAUAAUCCACCUCACACACCUCGCGAGAGCCGAGAGGUUGAGAGGAAUGAACUGCUCGACGCUCUUCGUGUCCCGUUUACACCACAAACCAAGGAAAAGACAAGAGACCAGAGGAAUGAGAGCUAUGAGCUUGAGGAGGAUAGGAACAUGGUUACAGGACUGAGGAACGCAAUCGAGGCAUUACAGGUGACGAGGCCGCAGGAUAUGCUGCCGGUGCUGAUGCAUUUGUUUCCUGCUCCGGGGAUGGGACAAGCGAGUACUUAG